AUGUGCAACGACACGGAAGGCAACCUGUUGACAGACAAGACUGCGGUGGCGGCUAGGUGGAAGGAGCACUUCCAGCAGCUGUUGAACGGUGAGGCACGAGAGGGAAUCGUCGAGGACAGGAUACACGUUGAGGAAGAUGGAAAAGCUGUGGACCCGCCUACGUUGGAGGAAGUAGCUAAGGCUGUUAAAGAGCUCAAGAACGGGAAAUCCGCGGGAAAGGACGGACUUCCGGCCGAACUUUUCAAGCACGGGGCGUACAAAGUACUCUCCCGCAUCCUGUGGAGCAAGCUGAGACCGAUGACCGAGACCUUUGUCGGCGAAUACCAGUGCGGUUUUCGAGCGGGUCGGUCAACGACGGAUCAGAUGUUCACUCUGCGACAAAUCCUCGACAAGUUCCGGGAGUACAACCUGCAAACACACCAUUUGUUCAUCGACUUCAAAGCGGCGUACGAUUCGGUCAAAAGAAACGAACUUUGGAAGAUUAUGGUAGAACACGGCUUUCCGGCGAAGCUUAUAAGACUGAUUCGUGCAACGCUCGACGGAGCAAAAUCAAGCGUGCGAAUAGCCAACGAGACAUCUGAAGCUUUCGUUACGUUGGAUGGAUUGAAGCAGGGCGAUGCUCUCUCGAACUUACUGUUCAUCAUAGCGUUGGAGGGUGCUGCGCGAAGGGCAGGCGUGCAAAGAAACGGAACACUCAUCACUAAAUCGAACAUGCUGCUUGGAUACGCUGACGACAUCGACAUCAUUGGUAUCGACCGUCGUUCAGUGGAGGAGGCGUUCGUCCCUUUCAAGCGGGAAGCUGCGAAGAUCGGACUGACCAUUAACACUGCCAAGACCAAGUAUCUGGUUGCUGGCAGAGCGCGUGGCAGUGCAGGUGAUGGUGUUUCGGAGGUGGAAAUAGAUGGAGAAAGAUAUGAGGUGGUGGAUGAAUUUGUAUAUCUUGGUACACUCGUGACGUGCGACAACGAUGUGAGCUGCGAAGUGAAACGGCGGAUUAGUGCUGCAAACAGGGCCUUCUACGGUCUUCGUAGCCAGCUAAGGUCCGCAGCCUAA